AUUUCUAAAUGCAAUCUGAAUAGGACGGUAUCCAAGCGGGAGAGCUGUGGGAAAGAGCCUACCCGGGAGUUUGUCCGCCUCCACCGAAGCAGCCCGAGUUCUAAACUCAGGUUGGACUAGGUCUCGGUCUGUCUGUGCGCGGAGCUCUGUGGCCAGAGAGAGAGAGAGAGAGAGAGAGAGAGAGAGAGAGAGAGAGAGAGGGAGAAUUAGGAAGAACUCUCAGUGCACCUUUUUGUCCUCCGAUAUGCAGAUUCUCUGAUAAAGCAUCAGUUAUCUGAUCAUCUCAUACAGGUCGUGGAAAACUGCGAGUGUAUGGGAAUCUUUAACAGUUUUUUCUUCACCUAGGUAUCUCGCCUUGAUCUCCUAUAUAACCCGAGACGAUUGUGAGCCGUAAUAGGCUAUUUACUACUGACGGCUCUUGCAGCUCUCUCUUGGCAUUUUCACGCCUAGGCUACAACAACUACUAUUGCUGACUUAUUCUGCCUGUGGAUCUUGCCGUUGGGUCUUAGAAAAGGUUUAGGAAGCAGAGGAAGUGAACCACUCCAGAAUCAUGGGACACUUUCAGAUCUCCCCCAUUCUCUCCCUUGGCCUUCGGUUCGUGGUUGUCGUAGCGAUCCUGUUCCUCAAAUUCCAACAUGUGCCGGCUAUGUCCUCGGAUGUGGACUUGGAUCAGUUCGUGUCUCCUACUGCCAGCAGCAACAUUACUGUGUGCACUACAGCAGGCACAGCAUGCGAAAAAGGGGUGAUUCUGCCUGUCUGGGAACCUCAGAAUCCCUCGUUCGGGGACAAAGUGGCACGGGCUACAGUCUACUUCGUGGCCCUGGUGUACAUGUUCCUCGGAGUGUCCAUCAUCGCUGACCGUUUCAUGGCGUCCAUCGAAGUCAUCACCUCUCAGGAGAAAGAGAUCACUAUUAAGAGACCCAACGGAGAGACCACCACCACCACCGUGCGGAUCUGGAACGAGACAGUGUCCAACCUCACGCUCAUGGCCCUGGGUUCUAGUGCCCCUGAGAUCCUACUGUCCGUCAUUGAGGUUUGUGGACACGGUUUUGAUGCGGGAGCCUUGGGCCCCAGCACUAUCGUGGGCAGCGCCGCCUUCAACAUGUUUGUCAUCAUCGGCAUCUGUGUGUGGGUGGUGCCCGACGGGGAGGUCCGUAAGGUCAAGCACCUGCGCGUCUUCUUCGUCACAGCCACCUGGAGCAUCUUCGCCUACAUAUGGCUCUACCUGAUCCUGGCUGUCAUCUCCCCUGGCAUAGUGCAGGUAUGGGAGGGCCUGCUCACCCUCUUCUUCUUCCCCAUCUGCGUGUUGUUCGCCUGGGUCGCUGACCGACGCCUGCUCUUCUACAAGUACGUCUACAAGCGCUACCGUACCGGCAAGCAGCGGGGCAUGAUCAUUGAGACCGAGGGCGACCGCCCGCUCCCGUCCAAAGUCGACAUCGAGAUGGAUGGGAAGAUGCUCAACUCUCACGCGGCAGACUUCCUGGACGGGCCUCUGGGGCUGGACCUGAACGUGAAGGACCUGGAUGAGGAGGAGACCCGGCGCGACAUGGCCAAGAUCCUGAAGGAGCUGAAGCAGAAGCACCCAGAUAAAGAGGUGGAGCAGCUGAUUGAACUGGCCAACUACCAGGUAUUGAGUUCACAGCAGAAGAGCAGGGCCUUCUACCGCUGCCAGGCCACCAGGCUCAUGACCGGCGCUGGGAACAUCCUGAAGAAGCAUGCAGCCGACCAGGCCCGCAAGGCCAUCAGCCUGCACGAGGUCCGCUCUGAUGUGGCUGAUAACGACCCCGUCUCCAAGAUCUAUUUUGACCCCGGCUCCUACCAGUGCCUGGAGAACUGCGGCACAGUGGCAGUGAACGUGCUACGCCGAGGUGGCGACCUGACCAAGACUGUGUCGGUGGAAUUCCGUACAGAGGAUGGAUCAGCCAACGCGGGCUCGGACUACGAAUUUACCGAAGGGGUGGUGGUGUUCAAGCCCGGAGAGACCCAGAAAGAGAUCCGUGUGGGUAUUAUCGAUGAUGACAUCUUUGAGGAGGACGAGAACUUCCUGAUCCAUCUGAGCAACGUCAAAGUACUGCUGGCAGAGGGGGAGGAGGUAGAGAACCCAGAGACCAAUCACGUGGAUGCGGUGGCCUGUCUCGGGCUGCCCGCCACGGCAACCGUGACCAUCUUUGAUGACGACCACGCCGGCAUCUUCACGUUCGAGGAGCCGGUGGCCCACGUGAGUGAGAGCGUGGGUACCAUGGAGGUGAAGGUGCUGCGUACAUCGGGGGCACGUGGGGUCGUCAUGGUGCCCUACAAGACUGUGGAGGGCACAGCACGCGGAGGUGGAGAGGACUUUGAAGAUACUCAUGGGGUCUUGGAGUUCCAGAACGAUGAAAUCUUCAAAUGUAUAAAGGUCAGAAUCAUUGAUGACGAGGAGUACGAGAAAAACAAGACCUUCUACGUGGAGAUGGGAGAACCUCGCCUGAUGGAGACCAAUGACAGUAAAGCUACAGAGGUGGCUGAGAAGGAGGUGGAAGAGGUGGUGCCGCUAACAGGAGUGGAUGAUGAGGAGCAACGCAUCGCUGAUAUGGGUCGACCCACGCUUGGGGAUCACGUCAAACUUGAAAUCAUCAUCGAGGAAUCCUAUGAGUUUAAGAACACUGUGGACAAGCUGAUUAAGAAGACUAAUCUGGCCCUGCUGGUGGGGACUAACAGCUGGAGAGACCAGUUCAUCGAGGCCAUCACUGUCAGCGCCGGUGAGGAUGACGAGGAUGAAGAGUGCGGCGAGGAGAAGCUGCCGUCCUGUUUCGACUACGUCAUGCACUUCCUCACCGUCUUCUGGAAGGUUCUGUUUGCGUUCGUGCCCCCGACAGACUACUGGAACGGCUGGGCCUGCUUCGUGGUGUCCAUCUGUAUGAUCGGCCUGCUCACAGCCUUCAUCGGGGACCUGGCCUCCCACUUCGGCUGCACCGUGGGCCUCAAGGACUCUGUCACCGCCGUGGUGUUCGUGGCCCUGGGGACCUCCGUGCCAGACACCUUUGCCAGUAAGGUGGCAGCCAUCCAGGACCAGUAUGCUGAUGCAUCCAUCGGCAACGUGACGGGCAGCAACGCGGUCAACGUGUUCCUGGGCAUCGGCGUGGCCUGGUCCAUCGCCGCCAUCUACCACAACUCCAAGGGCAACGACUUCAAGGUAGACCCGGGGAGCCUGGCCUUCUCCGUCACCCUCUUCACCAUCUUUGCGUUCAUCUGCGUGGGAGUGCUGAUGUACCGGCGGCGACCUUCGAUCGGCGGCGAGCUGGGGGGUCCGCGGACUCCCAAGAUACUGACCACCAUGCUGUUUGUCAGCCUGUGGCUGCUUUACAUUCUGUUCUCCUCACUGGAGGCCUACUGCCACUUCAGGGCCUUCUAAACAGCUACAAACUUAAGGAGGCCCUAGAAGAGCUAACCGGAGACAAGAAGGAGGAAACAGCAGCAGUGAAAAACGUUUUUCUCUUGUCGUUAAUAACCCCGACCCAACUCACCCAACCCUGACCCACCUCCCCCUUUUAAGAAGUGAAAGAUCCCUCCCCUAGUGCUUAAUAAGGGAUGAGACUGGUUGUUCAGGCGAGGAGAGGCCUGUCAGCGCUGGGACAGAGAAACCUGUAGAAUGACAGUUGUGUGUGUGUGCGUGUGUGUGUGUGUGUGUGUGUGUGUGCGUGUGUGUGUGUGUGUGUGUGUGUAGCUGUUUGUUAUGUCUCUCACUACCCAGCAACCCUAUAGAAACAGCAUCGUCGACGCCUGGCGCUCAUUUCAAACUAAACACUAGACAUUUGAGUGAAAUCCUUUAAUAAUUCCCAUACCACCAUUAUUGAUAUGUAUAUGCAUGAACAUCAAAAGAAACAAAGAUACGGCUGUUCACAAGCAUAGUGGGUGGGGAGUAACAGGUACUUUUGAAGAAAGUCUCUUGUCUGUGUGUUAGUCUUAAUAAAUCUCAGUUAGGGCCUGGCUGCAAGAGCUGCUCACCACCUUCUGACCCUCGGUUUGAUCCCCAGUAGAACAUCUGAUUAGGUGUCCUCUGUUCUUUUAUCUUGCUGUAGAUGUAGUUGUGUUAAAAGAGUUUAGCAUACUUUUACCUUUAAGGCCGUAUCGUGAUUGAAUGGCCAGCGUUACCAUUUUAACUAUCAGAUAACUCGUUGUCAACUUACAUUAUCAUUUUCAAAACUAUCCCAAGAUUGCAUUUCCAGUUUAGUCAAUAGGGGUUUCACCACCACCAUGCUUGAUUCAAAUUGCAAUAGAAUGCAGAGAGACCGCACUGGAUCGCCCUCUGCAUUAGCUUCAUCCAUUGGCUACACAUCUUUCAGCAGCCUCUCACUAUUGGCUCUUUCUCUCUAUCUUUGUGUCUAAGCUCCUACCAGACUGGUCUUUUUAUCAGUCUCAGUCCUCAAGGGCUCUACAGUCAUUUCUUAACCACUAACCCUAACCAGAAACCCUUUACCCCUCACCCCUAUCAUAAACCCACCCUCAACACCCCUAUCAUAAACCCACCCUCAACACUCCUAUCAUAAACCCCUCAACACUCCUAUCAUAAACCCCUCAACACUAAACCCUCUUUCUCUCUCCACUGAGCUGCACAUCUUCAUUUUUUAAAACAUUAAAUGGAAUAUUUCAAUAAACAAUAUCUUAAACAUAAAAUACAUCAAUUGUAAUGGUGGAUAGAUGUGUAGAUUAAAAGGUUCCUAUAAUGCAGUAGCUACAGGGACAUUUUACAGACGUUCAAAGUGAAGCUGGUGAGAAAUACAUUGACUGACUAUUUUCUAUUUUCUGAGGUAAAGGCUUUUGCCUUAAUGAUGCAAUCUUUUGAAUCCAUCUAACUGCCAGUCCCCAGAUAUAAGGGUUUACAUCCAAGACUGUUACUCCGCGUCCAGUUCAGACACAUCAGGCAGGUCAGUGUGUGGAAGAGGAAGACGGUCCACAUUAUUUGAUGAAUACCCCGAGUUUCCUACUGAGUUGGUUUAAUACACAAUACUUGAUGUGUAACGUAACAAUGAAGUAAAAGUAAUCGUAGUUUGGUUUAGAAAAUUAAGACUUUGUCUCGUUCUUGUCAUUUCUCACCACAGAAGUUGCAGCCCCUGAGAAGGUUCCAUCUAGGUUAAAGUACUUAUAUGGAAGCCAAGUGGAGUUUACUCCUAUUUUGCCAAAGGGAACUAUUUCUAAUGGAAACUCCAGUAACAGCUUAGCCAGAAUAUGAGUGUGUUUUCUAACACACUGACGUUUCUUAACACCACCAAAAAGAUCCCUGUGUGGUACUUAAAGCCUUGGUAUUGUUUGACCGAAACAGAACAUUUCUAAUUCCAAAUUUGGAUGAAAACAUUCACAUUUCGUGGAGAUGGGUUGAUGUUUCGAAUUGAAGGAAAAACAUUGCACUGGUUCCCGUGUUUCUAAUGAAAAGGAUGACAUUGUUUAUAUGCUGACGAUGACUCUGCUGUUACAUGAUUAUACAUUAUGACCUUUCUCUGAUCUGAAAAGGUUACUAUGACAUUGAAAUACUAAAAAAGACCUUUCCUCCAACCCUAAUACUCAACUAACCAACUACAAAUGACAAGAAGAGGAGGAAGAGAAAGAAAGAACAUGUGAAGUACAGCCAUACAUUGUGUACUGGUGCAGUGAAGCACAAGGACUUCUCCUGCCCAGCAUGUGUUGCUAUAGUGUACGUCUGCACUGUGACUGUGCAGCAUCUCUCUGUGUCCUCUACCCUGCCCACAUGCCAUGUCCAUAUUUUGGAAUGUUAAUUGUUAAUUAAUGUGCUACUUGUUCACACUGUGCAUGAAUGAUAACAUGUCUGUAUAUACUAAGCAGUAUCCCAUUCGUUGAUGUUGACGGAGGUUUGAAUGUUGUAUAGGUUUUGACUUUUUUUUUUUUAUGUACUAUAACCUAAUGUUUUAUUUUAAGUUGAAUGAUGUAUUUGGUAACUUGCACAUUAAAUUUAAAAAAGGCAAUAUCUGCUGUUGUUGAAUGAGGGUGAGAACUUAACGAGUUACGUAUCUUAAGGGAGUUGCAUGGGUAUUUGUACAAAAGACAAUGCUUGCUUAUAAUGACAUGGCUGGUUGUAUUAUUUGACAGUGUAAAGGCUAUUUUGUCAUUGAAGAGAUAAUAUGUGUAUAUACUGUACAUUGUUACCAGAGAGAGGUCUGAUACCUCCACAUAUCUUAGUGAAUUCUACAUAUUUAUUUUAAAACCCUCACUAAACUCAAGAAUGACAAAUAUUGCCUUUUUGGAGAAGUAUUUUGCUUUAAAUGCUUGUUUUGCUCUCGCUCUCUUUUCCUUCCGUGCUGAACAGUGUUUCGUCGUAGAUAUCUGAAAAGUGUGUCAGUUCGUCAUGCGGGGUGGAUUCCUUCUUCAACUCAAGAUCUGUCUGUCUGUCAACCUGGUAUGUGCCCAGCCAUCUGUCUCUCUGGCUGGCCGGUACUGUACCUGCCUAUAUGUCUCUGUCCCUGUUCAGUGUCUGUCUGUCUGUCUGUUGGUACCUGAGGUGCGUCAUCUGAUUUACACCACCACCGCCCACUGCUCAGAUGGACCGUCGUUUUUCAGGGUUCUAAUAUAUUUCACUUUCUCAUUCUUUUCCCUCCUUGCAUUCGCACUUUCUCACUGUUUAGCUCUCUCUCUCUCUUCUUUAACUUUCUCUCAACCUUCACCUCUCGAUCUGUCCUUUCCUUGCUGUCUCUCUUUAACAGGGUUUAGUUGGCUAUUUGUUUUGUCUUUUUGUUUGAUUCUAAUUGAUAGAAUAUCAUGAAUUUGUCUUAUUUUGUUGGUGUUGUCUGUGUUUUUUCUUUGUGUCGCACAAACGAAUAGGAAGACAUUACACUAACUGUGAUUACUCUACAUGGUACACUUCUAACACAGAAAAUAAAGUUUGGAAUACCCUGUUUCAAAGA